AAGUUUCUUUUAUAUUUCCUGAGAUCUCAGCGUGCAUACGAAUGGACAGACUGUCAUGGCCAGACCAACUACAAAUAUAUUUAUACCAUAUGUCGAAAACGUAUACCCUUUUACGCUACGACUAACGGGUAUAACCAAAAUUUUUAUUAAGUUAAGGUAGCCAUUCAUUAGUUGUCAAUAAAUUCGACUGUGUAAUUAUGGCCGAGCUUCUUUUGUUUAUAAUAAUUCGUAUUUUUUUGCCAUUUACAUUAAUCCUUGUAACAUGGAUACGACCAGUUGGCCUAUCCUAUUUAUAUCUAGUUUCGUUUUUUUUAUCACCAUGGCUGCUGCAAACUAAUAGCUUAAAACAGCGAACCUUCUUAAAAGUGUUUAUAAUAUUUCUUUGUGUUUUAAGUACUUCUUGCAUUGUCGGCCACAUUAUUUUUAAUUUGAUAAAUCUAUUUUUUGUUGAUCUAAGCUCAAAAAAAUCAUUUUCAUUUAUCUUACGUCAAUGUGGAUUUCUAUAUUUUAAAGGCUUAAGUAUUGUUUCUAUUGCCCACUGGAUACUUCCCGAUGUUUUCGUUCUGCUAAAUACUAUUGUUUUUUUUAUUUGCUCUAAAAUUAAAUAUAAAAGGCAAAAGAAAGUUUUUCAAAAUGACGACGAUGUGCUUUACAAAAAGAGUAAGGAAUCAAAAGGUGCUUUAAAAGUUGCUGAGAUAAAUCGAAUUUUGAUCAUUGUUUAUAUUCAAUCGGUACUAAAGACAUCUCUUAUUUUUUCUCUUAUGGUGCUUUACUUUGCUGCAACCUUAAGACCUUCACUGCCAGGAAGCCUAUACUUCUGUAUGUUUAUAAUAGCUGGCUCCUAUUGGGCACUUUAUCGCCAACGAAAAAUGUACUAUGCUGUAAUAUUUAUGGUUGUGGCGCUAUUAGUACAUAUAACAUGUAUAUUUGCUUAUCAAUUGCCAAUUUUGCAAAGCUCAAUUAAUUGUGAUAAACUUUGGACCAGGCUAAUGGGAAUGGAAAUUUUAUUUCGCCUUUUUAAAGAUAAUAAAAAUGGAAAAAUAAUGGAGUUAAAUGCUAAACUAAAUUUGGAUUCAUAUUUAAGCCCUAUUGCUUUAAUGUUGGCUUACUUUGCAACAACGCUAAGCCUUAUAAACCGUUCACAAUGCGAGAUAACAUUCAAUACGAUUCGAAUGAAUUUAGGACCCAAAACGAAUAAUAUAUAUUCUAAUAAACAACCUCCAAAUGAGGAAAAUGAUGAAAUAUUGAUUGACACGAAACCUUCAAUUCUGGAACAAUUCUUUUAUAUACUUUGUGAACUUACAUCAUUUGUUUACCAAAAUAGCUACAUAUUACUUAAUAUCAUAAUGAUGGUAAUUUACCUAUUUUUAUUUAUAUUUUUCUUACUUAUGUACAUCGUAACACAACAAGUCACAUUGAUUUAUUCACUUCUAAAUUCUAAGAAUUUCCUCUUUAACUUUUCAUACAAUGCAUUUCUUAGUACUUACCAUUUAUUAUACAAUAUUUUUGAUAUCGAUUUUAAUUAUAAAUGUUACUUAAUUAUUUUAAAACCAACGCAAAGGGUUGCACUCUGUUUAAAGUACCGGCCGAACAGAUUAUGACCUAGCUAAGGGCACACAUCUAAAAUACUGUUGUGGUUCUAGCCUAGGGCUUGAGAACGCAAUGAAACCGUUUAUACGCCUUACUGAAGGUGGCUUGAAAGGACCGAUCAGCAGUUUUGGCGAGGCUAGGGAUAGUUUUCGUCCAGCUGAUGAUCUCAUUUAUGUUGGAUUUUGGUCGGCUAGAGUUGUAAGUGAAAUAGAAAAAGGGACCUCUUCUUCUACUUAUACUUCUUUAACCCAUAUAUACAUUUUGGCCUUGAAGUAUGCACUUUAAAUGGGUAUUGCCAAUUAUUGCAUUUCGACUGCAGCUUCAUCGUAGUAAUCGACAAUGAUCAGUUGUUACAUCACAGCCAACUUCACCGUUCUGAACCCGAAUUCCGGUCACGUUCUUUUCUUGAAAAAUUCAAAAGCGAUCACAUAAAAUAAAUCAAAACCGGUGAAAUAGUGCCUCUUCCCACGACGGAAAAUUUCUUUGAUUUGGUUAAGUUGGCGAAAGGCAAGGUAAGCCACAAAAUACCAAGAUAUUCUCUUGUAAUUCUGACAGCAUCUUUGUUUUGCAAAACAUUACGAAGAAAUUCGAUUUCCUUUAGAAUUAUUUGUUUGGUUUUCAAUUGUUUGCGGAAAACAAAAGCGGAAUUAAUUUAGUUGUUCCUCUGGCCCAAGCAAAAGUACCAUGCUCUUAGUUCAAAACAACUGUAAAAAUCCAAUACGAAAACUAAGAUUUUGAAUAUAUAAGACAUAUCUUACGAGAAGGUCAUAUCCAUUCGAAGUUUAAGAACGUUUUAUUACACCUAAAAAGUAUCCUAAGAAAACAAGCAGCGUUGUUCUCGAAUGACACGAUUUCGCAGAAAACCUUCAUACCCUAUGUUACUAUUUUUCUAUAACCUCUCACCUUUAAAUCCCAUAUAGGAAAAGUUCGGUAAACAAUAUUAAUACCCUUCGACUUGCCAGAAAUCUAGCUUAGAGUUCAUAUAAGUGUCUUUCGAGUAUUUUGAGUUUACCUUUUUGAUUAGCUAAGUGCGAACUACUAUGGUAUACUUUGUUGCGUUUAGAAUCGAUUAAUUUGGGUUAUCGUUAUAGUUUUUAUACCCGUUAAACGUAGAGUAAAAGGGUAUACUAGAUUCGUUGAAAAGUCUGUAACAUGCAGAAGGAAGCGAUUUCGUUUAUAUAAAGUUGUAUAUAUAUACCUUUGAUCAGGAUCAAUAGACGAGUCGAUCUGGCCAUGUCCGUCUGUUUAUCCUUCCGUAUGAACGUCGAGAUUUCAGGAACUAUAGAAAGUUCACAUUAAGCAUCCAAACUUCAGUGACAUAGACGUAGCGCAAGUUUGUCGAAUCAUGUUGCCACGCCUACAAACCGCCCAAAU